UUUGAGCUCACUGUCACCUCGCUCCCCUUUACUGUAGUUGAGAGGUGGAACAAUCUACUUCUCCUGUUUUGGAGACAAGAAGCACUGCUCCCCUGGCAUGAUGAAAAAUUGACUUUUGCUUUGUGUUUCAAAGUCCUCCAGGUUUAUCUUAUACAGGUAAAAUUCCUCAUCCCAGCUACAACUUUCAGAGGGAAUUUCCAUGGAGACAGCCAACUUUGUCCGGGACAAACUCACUGAAUGGGGUCUGAGUGAAUUCAUACAGAGAUUUGAAGAUGAAAGAAUUGACAAGGAGACGUUUAUAGGCCUUGGAGAUUCAGACUGCCUCAAUGUCUUGAUUGGAAAAAUUGGACCAAGACUAAAAUUUAAAAAGAAGCUCAAGAAAUUCUUGGAGGUUUCAAUUGAAAUAGAUAAUGACACUCCUGAAAUGAUGGAUGCAAAUUCAGAGGAUGGCGCUGAAAUGCUUGAGAAGACAAUUUACCCCGGAGCAACAGUGACUCAGGGACAAGGCCGGCUGGCUGCCAUGCUCUUCAUUCUGCGUCACCAGUUACCUGCAGCAGUGGAAGGCAGUUUGAUGGCUCUACUGAACUUUCUCAUCCCAACUCUGACCGCUGAAUCUGAGUAUAUUUCUCACAAGAUUCCUGAUAUGUCACGUGUGUUUUACUGUGAAGAGUGUCAAACCUACUUGGGAAAGAAUCCUACACAGUGUUUCCACUGCGGCAAAACAUUUGAUAAAAAGAACAGUUUAGAAAAGGGAAACUUCUUUCUGUUUACAUCCCUUAAAGAGCUUCUGAAAGGCAUCCUUAAAAACUAUGGCUCAGAUUUGUUAUCAAAAACAGUUAAACAGGACCAUGCAAUUAACGAUGUGAUGGAUGGGAUGAUGUACCAGAAGCUGCUUAAACAAGGUGUAUUGACAGCAGAUGAUCUUACACUGACAUGGAACUGUGACGGUGCUCAAAUCUCUGACCCCAAAUAUUCUGUUUGGCCCCUUCAAUUUACCAUCAAUGAGCUUCCUUACUCACAGAGGAAGGACAAUGUGGUCGUUGCUGGACUUUGGUUUGGUGAAAAACCCCCUAAGAUGAGCACAUUUCUGAAACCUUUCUUAGAUGAAUGUUGUGAUAUUGCCCACAAUCCAUUUCAGUGGCGUGACAGCAGCGGCACGGUUCAUAGCUCAAGAGUCUUUUGCUUGCUUUGCUCCUCUGACGCUGUGGCGAGGCCCCUUCUGCGUAAUUUCAAACAAUUCAAUGGAGAAUAUGGCUGUGACUGGUGUUUACACCCUGGCAAGACUGUCAGUAAAGGGAAAGGACACAUGAGGUCAUACCCACAUGAUGACAACCUACCUAUCCCGAGGUCUAAAGAGAUGUUUGAUGCUAAUGCGAAGGAGGCUGAAAAGUCUAAGUCUCCAAAGCAUGGAGUAAAGGGAAUCUCCUUGCUUUCCUCUCUCCCAUUCUUUGAUAUCGUGUUUGGAUUUGUGCCGGAAUACAUGCACUCAGUUCUACUUGGCGUGUCCAAACAACUAAUGUCUCUGUGGUUGGACUCAGUCAAUUCGGCGAAAGAAUGGUAUGUCGGUCAAAAGAUUGAACAGCUGGACUCUCGGCUACUCCAUCUGAAGCCACCAUCAGAAGUAAGCCAACCUCCACAAUCACUGAAGUAUCGGGUCUGCAGGGAUGCAUCAGAGUUGCGAGCAUUCCUUUUGUUUUAUGCCAUUUCUGUCCUGCCAGGUAUCCUAGGAGAUGAAUUUCUGGCACAUUAUUUAGAGUUGUCAUAUAGUAUUCACAUUCUGCUACAAGAGUCAAUAUCCCAGCAUGACAUUGCGAUGGUCCAUCAGCGUCUGAUACGCUUUGUGAAAAACAUGAAAGAUCUUUACGGUGAAGAAAACGUGUCUUUCAACUGCCAUCAGUUAAUCCACUUAGCUGAAAGUGUACGUAACUGGGGACCUCUGUGGGCAACAUCAGCCUUCCCUUUCGAGAGAAACAAUGGACAUUUAAGGGCUCUCUUUGAAGGUGGUAAAGAUGACCCUCAGCUCAUUUUCCAGAGGUUUCUCUCUUGGCAGCAGAUUCCCAGUCACCUCCAGUCUUUGGUUUUUAACCAUGAUCUAAAGUUCAGCGAGUUAUUAGCCAAGCGCUCACCAGUCAUCGCUAAUAAUGGUCACGAAUCUUACACAACCCUCGGAAAAUCACGGCAGCUGGACAUCACAGGUUCCAUUAGAGAAGCUAUCCAGGAACUCUUAAACCAACCCGUUCUUGUCAAAUCAUUGGAGGUUUUUGACAGCUUCGCUACUGGAAACACUGUUUACCACUCAGCAAACUGCAAAGAGUCAGACAGGACCGACUAUGUUGUUAAACUUAAGGACGGCAGGGCUGGAGAAAUACAGCUCAUGUUACCAUUUAAAAACUGUAUUUGCUCAUCCAACUGUUUGUGCCAGACUGAUCCAAUCAUUGUGCUCCACAUGUACAAAGUCAAAUCUGACACACUGUUAAGAAGGAUAAGUGCUGACACUGCAAAUGAUCUCCAGAAGAUCUUUACAAGCGUUGAAAGGACACGUGAUGUCAAAGCGUUCUACUUAGAUGAUGUCAGGUGUAAAUGUUUGUACAUGGAUGGUUGGCUUGUGCCUUUACCAAACUCCUAUGAGACAUACUAGUCACCACUCAGCAAAGACUCAAGCAACGCCAGAAUACUAAUAAAUCAUUUGCCUGACACUGUUUUAAUCUCAACAGCAGACACAACAGAUGCUGUUCUCUUCUGAAAAACACAAAUGGAAAUUUUAACAGUUCAUCAACUAUUUUAUGUAUAAUAUAAUACUGGUUAUGGAUCUUUUUUUUCUCAUGUUGCUAUAGGUAUUUGAUAGCAAAUUAGGCUUUCUUUUUCUUCUGUGAAUGACAUAAACAAAGAAGUAUUUGCAAUUUAUGAUUAAAUAAAUAUCAUGGGGGGUGGGAGGGACUCUAUAUGCAGUCUCCAAUACUGAUUAAACUGGAUAUUUUAUCAUUUAUUCAUCAUUUGUUAUUUGUGUUGGUUUUGUUUUUGUUUUCUUAAAAUUGCAUUUAGCAUAUAGUUGUUGUGGAUGAUUUUGCAUUUUGUCGGUCUGUGUUGGAAUCUGUGCACUCCUGUUGACAAUUUAAUUGCAUCAUGACAAAGUCAGUAAGUUACUUUCAAUGACACAGCAAGCUUAAAAUCACAAUACUGGCUCAUAUUGAUGGGCUUGAAGAGCUAAUUAAUCCUAUUUCACAUGAUCCUGAGAUGUACAGUAUGUUGAUUUUGAUUAAAACAUAGGGGUAAUAAUGUGUGUCGAAAAAACCCACUAUUAUGAUAAUUAUUUUUAUUGCACCUGUCAGACUAUCGCAGAAGUAAGUGUAGUCAAAUUCUGUCUGUUGUAAGUUUGACUGAAGAAGUGAACCAUAUAAAUGUUUGUAAAGCAAAAUAUUGAAAUACCAUGUCUA